AGUUCACUGUUCUCGAUAACAGUCACCAUGCUUCCCAGUGCAGCACUUGUGUCUGUGAUGAAGGGAGCCACGAUGAUGCUGAUGGUUCUGUGGACGGGAGUGGAGGCAGCACCCACUGACAGAGGUUUUGUCAAAACUCUUCCCAGUCUCACUCAUACACCAACCUUACCAGAGAAGUCUUCAGCACUCAGUCCAGGCCAGUACCUCAAACACUGGCUUCUGAGUACCAAAGUAGCUGGGGUGGAUGGGACAGCAAAGACCACCUCAAAUACUGUCACUUCGGGCGUCAGAGGAGUGCGACUGAGGACCAACGCUGAGACAGUCGGUCCAGAAAGACGAGCCCAGAUGCUGAAGAUGAUCUCUGCCCUGGAGGAGCUGCACAGGACAUUUAACAGCACGCUGAGCUCACGGAUCACCAUCAUGCCCCGAGCAAACGGCAGAAAUUCAGGAAGGAAAAAUAAAGUGCUUCCUGCUGCUGAAGGAGGGGUGAAGCCCACCACAGUGGCCCCGGCAGCAGUCGACAGCACUGCGUCCAGAGCAAGUGCAGAUGUCUUCGUCCCCAGUUUGACUGGUCGAAAUUUCAAGAAAUCCCUUCCACCGCAGACCAAGAAGACCAACAAAAGAGUGUGUUUCUGGAAGUACUGCUCCCAGAACUGA